UAUUGAAAAAGCGGUCAUACGACAGUAAUAGCAGCACUAGCAGCAGCGUCGCAAAUCCGUUACGAUGGAUGAAUGCCAAUGGAUAUGAUAUCGCAUAUUUCUUGGGGCACGCAACGACCGACCUAACAAUUUGUGUGCCAAAACGUGCAAAAAUGCUUGACUGCGCACCGGAUGAUGAUGAGGAGCUGAAGAGAAACGUCGAGAGGCGGAAUGAAUCGUAUCGAAUGGCCUUUUGCUACCUCAGGGAUAUGGCUGAACGUAGGCAUAGCGAAGUACGUUGUUGCAGUUAUUGCUCUUGAAA